AUGGCGGUGCGGUGGGGAGCAGCAGGCGAAGACACUUUAACUGCCUGCACUAUGGAUUUCUUCCCCAUGGAUACACUAGACGAGACUGAUGGGCUGAGCUCUGAGGAGGCCCUGGAUGCCCUUCAAAGCUGCUUAGACCCCUCCAUCCUUUCUAUAUUUGAGGACACCCCAACAACAGAGACUAAAGGACUAGAUGACGAGAGUGAAGCCACGCUGCUAACGGCACUGACCGAGAUACUUGACAAUGUGGAUGAUGAGACCCUGUCCCCAUUUGACACACUGCCCGACUCAGACCUGUUGUCAGGUCAGAAGGGCAGGGAACACUCUCCGCUCAGGAGAUUGCUGUGUCUGUCCCGUUCCCCUCCAGAGAAAGACACAUUAUGUAGUGCAAGAUCUUUAUCAACUGGAAAGAGCCUCCCCAGAAUACAGGCAGACUCUCUCCAAAGAAGUGACGGUGAAGAAGAGGAUGAUGGCUCUCUAUCUCUGAGCCCAGUGAGCCAGGAUUCAUCUCCUGAUAAUGACCUGCUUGGCUGGGAAGGUCUGACCCUCCCGCUUCCUGUCACCUUUGAGCAGGAAGGUGAAGAUGGUAUUGCACUGAGCCUGGGGGACUUGGUCAGGCAUAUGCACCCGUACUGUAUGGCCAUUUGUGUGGAGAAUGAUGACGGGGAACAGAUGCUGCCCGAAGGAGGCAUCUUGCUCGAGGUUGUAGACCAGGGGGAAAAUGGUGAGCCCAUACUGGCCAUCCCAGACAUGGAUCUCCCUGUUGCUCUGCCUCUUAAAGAGCAGUCUCCAAAAAAUGAGCAAAAAGUUUACGUUGACGCAGAAGAAGUGGUCUCUGACAGUUCUGAGCAUAUAGUCGUGGAUGAUGAUGAUGAUGACAAAGAUGAAACGGUUAGUGAGGUUCUAGUUAAAACUAAAGCCCAAACAACAUCAGACUCAUGUUUAGAUGUGAAAUAUGAAAUGAUCAUUAAGAGACAGAAGGAAGAGAUUAAUGCGAAAAGCCCCUCCCGGAGAAAAAAGAAAAAGAAAUGCAAGAAAGAGUAUCAACCUGAACCUGAACCUGAACCUGUGGAAGGAAGGGUCCUUAGAAGUGCCUCAGUAAAAAAGACAGCAGAAGAAUUGUCCAAAAAGCCUGGAAGAUUAAACAAAAAAGGGAAGAAGGUUCCAGGUGCUUCACAUCCAGCUUCUUCCUCUUCAAAACCUAAGAAACUAAAUUCAUGCCAAACUGAAACACAACCUGAAAUCACCACUACAACAGUAUUGUCUGAAAUUAGUGUGAAAGUUGCCACAUGUGUGUCACCUAGACAGGUAACAAUUCCGUUAAGUGCUAGCCCUGAGAGGAGCCAACGUAGCUGUUCACCCACAGCAUUGAGUUCCCAGCAGUCUGAUGAAAUGCCCGAACAGAUGGCCACAGCCCCUGACAAGCUGAAAGACUCAUCAGAAGCUCCCUCUGCUGGCCUGCCUGCCAACCAGGCAGCGCCAGUGUCUCCAGGCUGCCCUGCCGCUGCUCCCAGCACCCUGACAUCCCAGGUGACACCACCUAUUAGUGAGCCACUCACUCCUGUGGCCCUUGCAGUCCCAGAGCCAAAGCCCAAGUCCCUCAGCCUAGCGGAAUACCGGCGACUCAGACAGCAGAAGAAACCCGCUCCAGUGGAAAAACAAGACGACAACAGCACCAAGUGGCCCAGCCUUCCAGAGCUCCCCAAAGAGCUCCCCCCUAUUCCCUGCCUGCCUGACCCCAGCCCCAAGGAUGCUCGACGCCCCAACCCCCAGGCUGUUAAAGUGGGAGUGGAGGAGAUCAGACCUGCCUGGCAGCCAAGGGGACCAUGUGCACCACCCACCCCUGAGGCACUGUUGGUGCCACCAGCCUACAUGGUUGCCUCUUCUAGCAAAGUUUCUGCUGCUACUGCUGUUCGCAAACCUCAGCAAACACCAGAAGCCCAAACGGUUUCGACUCCUAAACCUACUGUAUCCCAGAGUCCUUCAACUGGAGUGCCUAGUUCAAUAAAAAAUGUACCAUCUCAACAUCCUGCCAAGGCUCAGCCUGCAGUGACUUGUGUGCCUCAGAGUUCUGGAUCUCAGUCUUCUUUAAAAUCACCCACUCAGCUCAUGCCAUCAGCAGGUGGGAAGUGUCCUCCUACACUUUCAGCAGACAAGGGUGAAGUCAUUGAAAGGCUCCAAUCUCAGCCUGAAUCGCCUAAGUCUGUAGAGCUCAGUAAAACCUGUUCUAAAAUCACUACAGAAACAAUCAAACCGGCUGUGCCUGCUCCCAGUUCCCCCCAGUCCACUGUGUCCCAGAAGGUGGCAGAGGCCACUGCUCCUACUGCAUUAAAUAGGCCCAGCACAUCCUCCAAACCUACAACCACCGAUACCCAGCCCUGUUCUUCCCCAGCUGCACAUCCCAAGUACUCCCAGAGUGGAAAAGUGAAAUCCAUUGUGCUUGAAGCAAAAGUGAAAGCCACUACAUCAGUAGAUCCUCCAAAGGCAAAGAGCCCCACACAGGAGCUGAUUGAGGCCUUCACCAGUGAGAUAGGUAUUGAAGCUGCUGAUCUGACCAGCCUGCUAGAACAGUUUGAAGAAACCCAAGCCAAAGAGGAACAAUGUGUGCCGGAGGUCUCUGGUAGAGCAGCAGCUGUAGGAAACUCUAGUGUUGAGGUGGCUCCAGAGAAAACGGUAGUGGACCGUGUGAGAGCUAAUGAUCUCUCAAGUACUGCAGCUCUGACUCCUCCAGCCACCCCGCCCCACCAGAUGUGGAAACCUUUAGCCCCUGUGGCCCUGCUGGGAAAGAGCAAAGCUGCUGAGGCCACUAAGCCGAGCCCCUCCAAGGUUAUUCAGAUAGAAGCCCGGCCUCUGCCCUCAGUCAGGUCCCGCAGCAAACCCACUCCUGCUGCCGCCACUGUAGCCCCCGAGCUUGCAUGCAUGGACCAUGACUAUUGCCUCCCUAACAUUGGUGCUGCCAGUGGAGAGCAAGGCAAGCGCUGGAAUGUCAAACAGCAAUCUUUCAUCACUAUUAAACCUAUUAAGCAAGCUAAUGCAACCACUACAAAGACAUCCCCAGCCGCCCCAGAAUCCCCUCCCCAGUCUACCAUAAAUGGUGCGGUCACAACCAGAGCACAAGAAUUUCCACUGACUGAGCCCCUGGCUUACAGGAUUGAUGGGAUGGAGAGCAGCUCUGUGCUGGAAACACCUGAUGCUUCUCCUGCCCGGCAGGAAAACGAUGCCACUGAUAAAGAAGGCGUCCUGAGGCAAGGGUCUUUUGGCAGGUCCUACCGUCGGCAAACUGCUUCUCGCACACCCAGCCCCAUUGAGAGGACUGGAGGCCGGUCUAGAAAAAGACGAUCCCGUCGUUCUCCCAGUGCUGUAUCAAGCGGUUCAGAGUCAGACUCCCAUUCCUCUAGAUCUCGGUCUAAUUCCCGCUCUCCAUCUAAGAAAAGGUAUCGUCCUCGUCACUCCGAGAGCAGUUCCAGCUCCUCAUCCCGCUCCUCUUCUCGGUCCUCUCCCUCAGUGUCUCGCUCCCCUCCCAGAAGAAGAAGGUACUCGUAUUCUUCCUCUCGUUCUGGCUCAUGGAGUCGCUCCAGAUCACGGUCUAAAUCCCCUCACAGACGAGAUCAGUGGAAUAGAAACAGGAGGCUUCAAAGUCCCUCUUACGGGUCUGGCUGUGGUCAAAGGGAAAAUGCUGAAGAGGUGAAGAGACGCAAGGAGAAAGCCAUUGAGGAAAGGCGGGUUGUUUACGUUGGUCGAAUUCGGGGCACAAUGACCCAAAGGGAACUCAAAGACCGCUUUUCCUUAUUUGGCCAUAUUGAGGACUGCACUCUGCACUUUAGAGAUCAGGGGGACAACUACGGGUUUGUGACUUAUUACAACACCAAUGAUGCUUUCACGGCCAUUGAGAAUGGAAGCAAGCUGCGCAAGCCUGAUGAGCUACCAUUUGAUCUCUGUUUCGGUGGAAGGAGACAGUUCUGCCAGACCAGCUAUGCUGACCUGGACUGCAGUAGAGAGUAUGAACCUAGGCCUGCAAAAGCCAAGUUUAAUGCACUAGACUUCGACACUUUACUGAAGCAGGCCCAGCAGAAUCAGAUGAGGUAACAGGAGGCCUGCCGCAGGAAGCAGCUGACACUUACCUCAGAGCCAGUGGAUGGCUCCUCGACCUGCAACACUUGUCUUUACUUUUAGUUGUUGAAUUUUUUUUAUUAUUUUGUUUCUGAAAGCUAACACCUUCUAUUGAAGUGAAGAUUUGUAAUGAAAGUAGUAAAAGAAGUUUAAAAAAAUGGAAUAAGUAAAAUAAUUUUUUUAAAGGUUUAUUUAAAUGUAAAAUCAAAUUUGAAUUGUAUGGAGGGAGAGAGAGAGAGCGAGAGAGAGAGAGAUAAUCAUUUUUAAAAAGUGGGGAAA